AUGCUACAGAAUAAACCAAACAGUGCCCGCCACCCAUCAAGAAAUUCCAUUAUGUCGACGCUAGAAAAGGCUAAUCCAAAACCUUUUUUGAAAUCUCUUAUUGAUAAACAAGUCAAUGUACGCUUAAAAUGGAAUAGAACAGAGUAUCGUGGAACAUUGGUCUCCGUGGAUAAUUACAUGAAUCUACAAAUCGAUGAUGCAGUUGAAUAUAUGAAUGAUGUUGAGCAGGGGAAAAUUGGGGAAAUAUUCAUUCGUUGCAAUAAUGUCUUGUUCAUUGGUGAAAAGCAGUCUGAACAAGACAAAGAGAUGAAAGAAUAA